AUGGAGUCAAAUAAUUUCAACAGCGACAGCAAUAUUAAGGAACAAGCUGGAUUUUUUAACAAACCUCCCGGGUACAGAUUUCUCCCAACAGACGAAGAGCUCAUCAUCUUUUACUUGGAGAAGAAAGUACGGAACCAGUCCCUGCCAAUUAACAACAUCGUGGAGGUUAACCUAUAUGCAUAUAAUCCAGAUUUUCUUUCGGCAAAAUACAAGGAUUAUCAAGAAGAUCAAUUAUACAUUUUCACCCCAAGAGAUCGAAAGUAUCGAAAUGGAAGACGGCCAAAUCGAGCUGCUGGUGAUGGAUAUUGGAAAGCCACCGGAGCUGACAGGAAAAUCAAAUCCAAGGGAACCGUAGUUGGGUAUAGGAAGGCAUUGGUUUUUUAUAUAGGAAAGGCUCCAAAGGGUAAAAAGACCGACUGGAUUAUGCAUGAAUUUAGAGUCGAGGAUUCACCCUGUAGCGAAAGAGGCUCAAAUGGCAUGAGGUUGGAUGACUGGGUCUUAUGCAGGAUUUAUAAAAAACCUGUUAAAUCAAUCAAAAUUCAAAUUGAAGAUAACGAUCCUGCGAUGGUUGGUUCAACUUCUCUGCUAGAUGAUUAUGAUGGGGGGGAUGAUGAGCAUAUAGAUAAGAUGAAUUGUGGAAAUCUCGAAGCUGCCCCCAUUGCUGAUGUUGAAGUACCAGUAAUAGGUGCCUGGGAUAAUAUGCAGAUCACCACGGCCAGUACCUUCCAAAAUGGGUUCCAGCAGCCAGAAUCUGCGGCUCAAUGCAGUAACGCUCAUGCUCUCGAUACUGGGGCUACUUUCAAUGGCUACUUCAAUUAUGCAAGUCCUCUUGAUCUUCCUGCCACGAUGGUUCCACCAAUUGGAUGGUCCAACUGGGCGUAUAAUUCAACAGAUCAGACUGUCUUUGGGUCUAACUAUCUAAAUGAACCGAGUGAAUACCAAGAGGAUCUGUGGAUGAGUUUGCCAUCUCAAUUUGAUCCUAGUAGUUAUAGCUUUUACCAAGAGUCGUAUGUGCAUCUUCCCGAUAGUGUCCGAAAUAAUAAUCCUGAUAGUGUGCCAAAUAAUAAUCCUGAUGAUAAGGAUGGUAGUGAAGAGUCUGACGAUUGA